CAUAAAUAGGCACCCGGCCGGCUGCUGGCAGCGGCGGUCGUCCCCGGUGGAGUCCGAGCUUGCGGCGGCUGCAGGACUGAGCUCUCGAAGGCAGGGUCAGGUAAAGUCGGGAUCCAGCUUCCAGAAUGCAGCAGCUCUGGACCACCCUCUGCUGCCUGGCAGUGCUGACCAGUGCCUGGGGCAGCCCGUAUUUAAAGCCCCUGUCGGAGGAGAUGGUCAACUAUAUCAACAAGUACAACACUACGUGGCAGGCGGGACACAACUUUUACAAUGUGGACAUGAGCUACCUGAAGAGGCUGUGUGGCACCCUGCUGAAGGGCCCCAAGCUGCCCCAGAGAGUUCACUUUGCUGAGGACAUGGAUCUGCCUGAGAGCUUUGAUGCCCGGGAAAACUGGCCCAAAUGUCCGACCAUCAGAGAGAUCCGAGACCAGGGUUCCUGCGGCUCCUGCUGGGCAUUUGGGGCUGUGGAGGCCAUCUCUGACCGGAUAUGCAUUCACACCAACGCGAAUGCUAAUGUGGAGGUGUCUGCGGAGGACCUGCUCACCUGCUGUCACAUGGAGUGUGGGGAUGGCUGCAAUGGGGGCUUUCCGGCUGGAGCUUGGCACUACUGGACCAAGAAAGGCCUGGUUUCUGGAGGCCUCUAUAACUCCCAUGUAGGCUGCAGGCCCUACUCCAUCCCUCCGUGUGAACACCACGUCAAUGGCUCCCGACCCCAGUGCAAGGGAGAAGGAGACACGCCCGAGUGCAGCAGGACCUGUGAGCCUGGCUAUUCCCCAUCCUACAAAGAAGACAAGCACUACGGGUACAGUUCCUACAGCGUGCCUCCUUCUGAGAAAGAGAUCAUGGCUGAGAUCUACAAAAAUGGCCCGGUAGAGGGAGCCUUCUCUGUGUACACAGACUUCCUGCAGUACAAGGCUGGAGUGUACCAGCAUGUAACCGGAGAGGAGGUAGGAGGCCAUGCCAUCCGCCUUCUGGGCUGGGGCGUAGAGAAUGGUGUCCGCUACUGGCUGGCUGCCAACUCCUGGAACACUGACUGGGGUGACAAUGGCUUCUUUAAAUUCCUGAGAGGACAAAAUCACUGUGGAAUCGAGUCAGAAAUCGUGGCUGGAAUCCCUCGUACUGACCAGUACUGGAAUAGGAUCUAAUCACCGGUGACCCUGUCCAACCGGCCCUGCGGGAGCUGUCCUCUAAAUAUAGCCAGCUGGGAUUGGGGUGGGGGUGGGUAGGGUAGGAAUGUCUCUUGUUGCUGGAGUUCAGAGAAGAUGCAGGAGGUUUUAGAUAGUGGCUGACAUGUUUCGGGGCCCAGAGGUCUGGAUUGGGCCAAACUGUGUGUCUGCUAUCAGAGCUGAUCUUUUCUGGAGUUGACACCUGUCUUCCAUGGAAGAUAAAUCCAAGUCCUGGCUACCUCCCAGCCUGUUCGGUGGGCCAGUCCUCCCAAAGCAAACAGACCACACAAGCCCCAUAGACUAGUACUGUAUGUAGUGCCUGCCUUUCCAACUCCUGCUGCAAUGACCCGCCACAGCCUGCCCCCUCCGCCCCCCCUACACACACACACACACACACACACACACCCCUGCUGACACAGCUCCAGGGAGCAAGACUUAGUGAGGACCUAAGGGGGUUGACUUCCAGUUUUCCAAAGGAAUGGGAAAUAAACUUUCAGAAGAUUGACAUUUCCACACAAAAGCACUCUAAGCAAGUGGUCUGUAGCAUAAGAUGAGAGGUGGUGGGAGCAGCCCUUGGAAGAAAGCCCCAUCUUCCAGGACACCGGUUCCCAUUGAGCUUUGUAAUGUUACACACUUUCUCCUGGCUUCUGUGUGAUGAUUCUUUUUUAAUAGAAACUUUUAUUUUUAAUGCACCUCCAGUGAUCAUGUGAAUGAACCAGUUCUACAUUAAAAGAGCUGUACUGAUUUUCCCAGAGCUUACGACUGAGUGGUCAGAGUUUGACUGACAGACAUAUCCACCUCUAAUACAGUGGGAGAAAGCAGCUUUUACUGUUUGCUUAACCUACCAGUUUAACAGAAGAGUAACUGUGCCAAUAAAAAGGUCCUCCUUCAAAUGAUA